AUGAGAGCGAGGAGAUGUGUGUGUGGAGGGGGUAUUAUUAAGGACUGGUCAGACCAGCUACACUCAUUGCCAUCUGCUUAUCCCCGUACCUGGUCUGAGCUCUGCCUUAUAGUUACCCCACUGCUUCUGGCCUAUGCUCUGAAAUCCUGCCUCCAUGGUACCCAAGGAGGGGGAAAAUCUUCCUAUGGCAACACAGAUGAGAAGAGGGCAGAACUAAAAUAUUUCCCCCAAACUGAGUCCCUGCUCAUGACUCCAGGGCUUCCCCACCCCUGGCCAGUUUCCCUGCUGGUAGAUCAAGUCAACUCCUAUACUCUCCAAGAAUUUCUUUCCGUGGCUAACUGCUGA